CGCGCCCAGCGACGGCUCCUUCGUCCGGCUCCUCGCCCUCGCCAUCUUGCGCGCGCGGCCAGCUCGCCUCCACUCCAACCUCGAGUACGUCGCGCGCUUCGUCGACCCGCACCAGCUCUGGUCGCCGGAGGCGGGGGAGCCCUUCACGAUCGCGCGCGCCGCGGUGCAGUACCUCGCCCACCUCGACCCCGCGGCACUCUCGACGCCGUCGCACGGUCGCGGGUGA